GGGGUGUCCCUGCUGUGACCCCCCCGUGGUACCAACCCCCCCCCUCACAAUGACAGUGGUGGCAGCACAGGGACAGCAGCUGGUGGACCAGGAGCCCCACGUGGAGCAGGUGCUGCAGGAGGAGCAGGACCCCCCCGUGCCCCCCGAUGUCCUGGAGGCCGCCGUGGCCGCCAGCUCCCUGUCCCCUUCCCCCCCCCCCCGGGUUUGGGCCGCGUCUCUCGAUGGGUUCCCCCCCGCCUGGCCCGUGGCCGCCAUCGUUACCCGGCACUGCCGGGACCCCCCGAGCUCCCCGGAGCCCCCCCGGGCUCUGCCCCCCAACGCCUUCGCUCACCUGAGGCGCCAGGAGGCGGCGCUGAGGGAGCUGCGGCCACGCCUGGAUCGGUGCUGCGGGAACCACAGCCCCGUGCCCUGCGCACAGAGAGCCUGGACCGCGGUUCUGGACGGGUUCUGCACGGAUGAAUUUGGGGUCAAAACGCGACAAUUCCACUGCUGCCACCACCGCGGGGCCGCGCGGCGCCGCUGCUUCGCCCGCAGCGCCCGGGAGAGCUCCGGGGGGGGCUCUGCCGGGGUCGUCACCCCCGGACCCUCCUCCAUUGUCACCUCCUGGGACCCCUGGGCCGCCCUCCCCUCUUUCCCCCCCGGGGAACCCACCCGCAAUAACCUCGGGAACAUCUGUGGGUUGUGGGGGCUGAGGCCGGGAACCCCCGGACCCACCGGGAACCUCCCCGGGACUCUCUCCCACCCCCGGGUGCGGCUCAGCCUCCGUCUGGAGAGGGAAUUCGGGAGGUGCUGCCGAAAUCAGAGCCUCCCCUGUGCCCAGCAGGCGUGGCGCCGGGCUCUGGACCGGUUCUGCCGGGACGUGGCCGGGGGUCCGGAGGAGCCCCACGAGUGCUGCCAGCUCGGGGGGGGGCGGUCCCGGUUCCGCUGCUUCGCCGCCGCCGCUCCCCACCCCCACUACGAUCGGGAGCUGCACAACAUCAGCCUGGUCCGGCCCAAACCCAAACUCCUCCGGACCCUCUGCGGACCCACUCGCCUCAUCCAUCCCAGGCCACCAAUCCCGGAGCUGGUGGGGGCUGUGAUCAGGGGGUGCUGCCCCCUGCCCCCCCACAACCAAAGCGCCUGCGCCCAGGAGGAGCUGUCCCAGGCCAUCACCACCCUCUGUGCCACCCCUGAGGACUCCUGGAGGGACCCCCGGGGCUGCUGCUCCUGGGGGGGCCCCGCCCGGCACCGCUGCUUUGACACCCACUACCUGGGGAGGGUGACCCUGGGGGCGGCCAUUGCCCCCCCACACACUGACACUGACACCCCCACCCCUGGGGGACACUAAAGGUCCCCGUGCCUCAGUUUCCCUGGUGGUGGGGGUGGACGUGGGGGGGGGUCUUUCAACCCCUGUGCCUCAGUUUCCCUGGAGUGUUGGGCUCUGCUUCUCUUCCCCCCCCCCACCUCAGUU